UUCUUUUCUUUACUUUUUAAAAAUAUUUCUUUCUUUCUUUUUUUUUUUUUUUUUUUGGGAAAGGUAGCUAAAAUAUUGCCAGAAAAAAAACUGUAACAAAAUAGUGAUUAAAGUAAUCACAACACCUCGGUAUGUAGCAGCAUUUUUCAGCAUGUAGUGGAAGUACUUAAAGUUCAAUGUGCACUAUAUUCUGAGGGCAUCCUGGUCUGAAGUUCUUCAUCCAGCAGCGGAAUGUGAAGUGAACAGGGAGGAGCUGGGACACUUUGCAGCCGACAGCGGAUUCAUGCGCUGCUGGCUGCGUUUUAGCAACUUGAUCGACUUAGCCAGAGUCACGUGAGAGCUGAAAACGCUGUUAUCCGGUUGUUUUGUUUUUUUUGUUGAUGUUUUUAUACAUCGUGAAACAAACUAAUUAAUGUUUAUUACAAUGGGAAGCUGGAAGACCCACGUGCGAGCUGGACUGCAGCAGAGAGACUUCAAAGAGAAACUCCCCUUCGCUGGCGUUUUCACAAGCUUGUCUCACCUGGAGGAAAGAUUUGAAAUUCGCAAACAGAUUGUGGAUGAUGUUCGGUCUAACAGUUCAGAACCAGGUGGAACUGAAGUUGGGAAAAGCACCAGAUUCCUUCAACUCCAGCUGAGAGAGAGUGAACACCUGGCAGAAAAGUUGUCUCAGACUGUCUCUGACCUGACCACCGUCCUGCAUCUGAAGGAGGCUGAACUUCAGCACUGGCAGUCACGUGUGUCCAAAUACCGUCAAGAGGCCCUCACUCUGGCUAAAGGGAGUAACGCCCUGAAGGCCGCUCUUUCAGAAUUCGAGUUCACCGUCGAGUGUCAGUCCAAAGAGUUAGCGGCCUUACGUGUGGAGCAGAAAGGACUAAAAGAAACGUUGGCACAAGCUUGCAUAGAGAAGGAACGACUUUUACAGCGAUGGAUGGAAGAGAAGAGGGAGGAGGCAGAGAGGCUGAAUAAAUACAACGACAUGCAGGAAAGGUGGGAACAUUUGGCCGACCAGCUGAAGAAGCACUUCCAGAGGAGAAUGAAAAGGGAGUGUUCUCCCAUUGUGACCCGCUGUUCAAGUGAUGCAACAGAAAACUCUCCAUCAGCCAUUAAGGGGAUCAAUACUGCUGCCGAUAAACACCAGGGACACUCCGGCUACAACCAUGUCUCAGCUGCAGCAAAAGUCUAAUAUUCCCCUGAGAUCCUGGUGACAGAGACUUUCUUCUCUGUGGUUGUGUCACUUCCUCAGUGCUAGUAGAUGAAGAACUAAUUACCCGUAUGUGAACUCAAGAACAAAGACCGAAGAGUGACUUUUUGCUAAUGUGAGGCCAAGUACUUCAUCUGUAUCAGUUUUUUAAUUUGCCUAAUAAUCUAAAGAUUUUCUAGGGGAGAAAAAAAUGUUUAAGUUAGAUUGCCACAAAGGGUGCCACAUUUUACAUUUAUUGCUGUAAUCCAGGUCAACCUUUCUCAGUUAUUUUUUUCAUAACCAGGGAUCUUGUUGAUGCUUAAAAUGACCUUUAUGCCUUAUUAUGUCUAAUAUGUCUUAUUAAAAUGUCAAAAUGAAACCCAGAUACUGAUUGUAAGCAAUUGUACUUUUUCUCACUUGUAAAAAAUAAAGAAACUUUUAUAUUAAUUUGUUUGUAUUUUUAUAUGAAUUCCCUCGUCAUUUGUCAUCCAUCAGAAAAGAAAAAAAGCUGUUUUUGUGACUUUUAUAUCGCAUUUUGGCUGCAACCUGUCCUUAGCUCAGACUGUCUGGAUAGUUUGUCCACAUUUCACACAAACUUUGUACUAUUUUUACUUUGUACAU